AUGACAUUUUUCAUCACCCCAAGAGAACAAAUGGAACAAACUACAUAUUGGACUAACAUAACAACAUUCAUCGUACAAUUAAAGUCGAGAAAUUAUAGCUCCAAUUGGCGAUUGCUACAACAGAAAUGGAUACAAAAGAUCAGACAAUUACCAUUCAAUAGUCUCUCCAAUAAAAUGUUGAACAUCUACUUCAACUUUCAUUUCCUAAUGGAACAUAAUCCAGAUAAUCUAGAACAAUGA